AGUUUGAUACUCACUGUAUGUCAUUUCCUUGUACUGAACUCUUGUUAUUCAACUAUGCCAAAGUAAAUUCAAUUUUCCAUUCGAUGGCACCUUUAAAGGGUAAAAUACAUGGACAGCAAAACCUUUUUGCCAAAUACAUGACGGUGCAAGAAUCAUCACUGAAAGCAUCUUAUGCCGUUUCACUUGUGAAAAAGACGUUAUCAGAGGGUGAAAUUGUAAAGCAGUGUGCAAUUGAAAUGGCUAAAGCAUUUGGAGAUGAGAAAAUGGCCAAGAAUUUUGAAUCUGUAUCUUUGUCCCGCCGAACAGUGACACGUCGAAUAUCUGACAUUCAAUGUCAAGUCCAAGAAAAGCUAAAACAUGAAAUGAAAAAUUGCAAAUACUUUUCUAUCACGCUGGAUGAAAGCACAGAUGUGACUGAUGUCAGUCAGCUCCUGAUCUUUGCAAGAAUGAUCACAGAGAACUUUGAUGUUCAAGAGGAGCUGUUAAAGAUGGUUUCAUUACAUGACACCACUAAGGGUGAGGAUAUUUUUAAAGUUGUGGAUAAUGUGGUGAAUGAGCACGGAGGCUUUACUAAACUGUCUGCUGUUGUUACUGAUGGAGCACCAGCAAUGCAAGGAACAAAAUCUGGAUUCGCUGGGCUUCUUCAAAACAGUGGAUUUAACCGUCCAGUACUGCACUGCAUAAUACAUCAGGAGGCCUUGUGUGCAAAGAUUCUGGACUUCAGCCAUGUCAUGAAUGUAGUGACGAAAGUCACUAAUCUUAUUCAAGGUGGAAAUAGGGCGCUUAAUCACAGGAAGUUUACUGCCUUUUUGGAUGAAGUCAGUGCUGCUUAUGGAGAUUUACUGAUACACACUGACAUCAGAUGGAUGAGCUGUGGGAAGUGUCUGGAAAGAUUCUUUGUGCUGCGAACCAAAAUCCAAGUGUUUCUGGAGGACAAUAUUAAGUCAGACACAAGUGCUUACUGCAGCAAACUACGGGAUCCGGAAUUUCUGUGCGAUAUGGCCUUCCUCACAGAUAUAACUGCGCAUAUGAAUAAUCUGAACACACAGUUACAAGGUUGGUCUCAGACUGUUUCAGACGUCUAUGUCCAUAUGAAUGGUUUUCAACGUAAACUUAAUCUUUUUCACUACGGCUUUUCAUCCGAUUCUGUAAAUUUGACACACUUCCCUGCCUGCGAGGAGAUGCACAAAGAUGCUCCCGAAUGCGAGAUGUUUUUUGCCAAGUACAGAAAAGAAAACGAAAGUCUACAAGAGCAAUUCAAAAUUCGCUUCCAGGACUUUCACGUCACGCAGCCUCGCAUAGACCUCUUCACAGACCCUCUGAAUGCGGCUCUCAGUGAGCAGCCUGGAGAGAUGCAGCUAGAACUCUGCGAACUUCGUGCAAUGAGAGGGGGCUUGAAUUUUGGAAACUGCUACCUCAGUCCUGUUUUCCCCUCCCUAGAGAUUUUGGACUCUUGAUGCUAAGCAUGUUUGGCAGCACUUACAUUUGUGAAAGUAGUUUCUCAACGAUGAAGCACGUCAAAUCGAAAGAGAGAAACAGGCUAAUAGAUGACACGCUCUAUCAGCUACUGCAAGUUGGCUGUACAAACUUUUAGAUUGACAUUGAUUCAAUUGUGCACCAGCAGGAGAGGCCACAAGUUUCUCAUUGAGACUUUUUGACAAUGGGAACGUCGUCUAAACUGAUCUAUAAAUGAAUGUGUUUGGGGGGUGGUAUGGUAUGGAAAUUUAUGCCAUGAAUUGUUCUUAUAUUCAGUAUUUUUAUUGCUAUAUUUAAUAACUUUUAUUUCUGUCUGUUUUUUGAAUAUGUGCUUUUAACUGUUCUCUGAGAAUGUUCUCUAGGCUACUAAUCAAAAAUAGGGCCUGUGUACAUUUGUUUGUUGCAAAUCUAUUUUCCUUGUCAAUUAACAAUGUAGUUGCCCAUUUAAAUUUGCAUAAUUUCACAAGUUUUACACUUAACAAACUAUUUAAAAACACAUUGUAUUAAUUGUACAUUGAGUUCCCUCAAUAAAGAGGAAAUUGAAUAAAAUAUAAAAUUAAAUGUACAAUGUGUCCAUGUGGAUUAGUAAUCUGGCCCCUUGGUAUAAAGGGAAAAAAUGCUGGCCCUUGUCAUUAUCAAAGUUGCCCAUCCCUGCCAUCGCCUCUUCCCUGGUUCCUUCAACCUUCAGAUCCUCCAGGGGUCCUUCAGCUGUCUGCUCUGCCCAGUUCCUCAUGCCUAGUACUGGUUCUUCCCAGCCCCCCACCAGCCCCAUCGUCCUCUGUCGAUCUGUUAUACGUCGCCUUUCCAGAGGGGGGCGUUCUGUCACCAAUAUGUUCAGUUUAGCUUUAGUUUAAUUUUCAUGGACUCUUGUUAUGUUUCCUUUGUUGCCAUCAGCCUAUGUUACAUAUGUAAAAUAUUAUUCAUUAGUUGUCAUGGUUUCUCAUUACGUCCCUAACAGAGUGCCCCAGGGAUGACGCGUUUUUGUAGGCCAACCCGGAAGUUAGCGGCGCACGGGUUCCCUCCACUGAAAGCCUAUUCAUUUUUCCCAUAGACUUUUGGAAAAUCGCAGAAAAUAA